AUGGCCAUUGACAUUGUAGAACAGGACCACUUUAUCGGUAUCGAUGUAGGCACGGGCUCUGCCCGAGCUUGUCUUAUCGACGCCACCGGAGACAUCAAAGCUCUUGCCUCGGAGGCGAUCAAGCUAUGGCAACCCCAGACCGGAUACUAUGAACAAUCCACCACAGAUAUUUGGGCAUGUAUCUGCUCGUGUGUGCACAAAGUCGUGCACCAGUCCUCCAUUGACCCCAGCACCAUCAAGGGCAUUGGCUUCGAUGCCACCUGCUCCCUGUCGGUCUUCUCCCACGACACUGAUGAGCCCGUUACUGUCACCGGACCCAACUUCGAGGACGAUGGCAAUGCGCGAAACGUCAUUUUGUGGCUGGACCACCGGCCGGUAGAUGAGACGGAGAAGAUCAAUGCCACAGACCACAACCUGCUUCGCUAUGUCGGCGGCAAGAUGAGUAUCGAGAUGGAGAUCCCCAAGGUCCUAUGGCUCAAGAACAACAUGCCUCCCGAGCUCUUCGAGCGCUGCAAGUUCUAUGACUUGGCAGACGCUCUUACACACCUUGCCACGGGAAACGAAACGAGAAGCUUCUGUAGCACUGUGUGUAAGCAGGGCUUUGUACCUGUUGGCGUGGACGGAAGUGUCAAGGGUUGGCAAGAGGACUUCUACGAGACUAUUGGCCUGGGUGAUCUGGUUAAGGAUGACUUCAAGCGCAUGGGAGGCGUCAACGGGGUGAACGGAAAAUACCUGAGCGCCGGUGAGCUCGUCGGCACACUGUCCGAGAAGGCCAGCCGAGAGCUCGGCAUUCCAGCCGGCAUCGCUGUCGGCAGCGGUGUCAUCGACGCCUACGCAGGCUGGAUCGGUACUGUAGGCGCUAAGGUCGACACUCAGUACGGUCAGUCCGACGAGGACUUGCCUGCCAACGACAUGCACCAGGCCUUCACCCGUCUUGCAGCAGUGGCAGGUACCUCUACCUGUCACCUAGCCAUGUCAGAGAAGCCGGUGUUUGUCCCCGGCGUUUGGGGACCUUACAGGGACGUUCUCCUCCCCGACUUCUGGAUGGCAGAGGGCGGCCAGUCCGCGACCGGCGAGCUCUUGAGACAUGUCAUCGAGACGCACCCUGCGCAUUCCAUGGCAAAGCCCAUCGCCGAGGCCAUGCACAAGAACAUCUACGAAUACCUCAAUAUCCACUUGUCAGACCUGGCAGAAAAGUCAAAUGCCCCGUCCAUCUCGUACCUUGGACGACAUUUCUUCUUCUAUGGUGACCUAUGGGGCAACCGGUCACCCGUAGCUGACCCUAACAUGAAGGGCUCGGUGAUCGGACUGAGCUCCGACUCCAGUCUCGACGGCCUGGCCCUGUACUACUAUGCCACCCUGGAGUUCAUCGCUCUGCAGACCCGCCAGAUCAUCGACGUGAUGAACAAGUCGGGCCACAGCAUCGCCAGCAUCUUCAUGUCCGGGUCGCAGUGCCAGAACAAGCUGCUGAUGGACCUCAUCGCCACGACGUGCGACAUGCCGGUGCUGAUCCCGCGCUACGUGCACGCCGCCGUGGUCCACGGCGCCGCCAUGCUGGGCGCCAAGGCCGCCAGCGCCGACAGCGAGGGCAACACGGAGGACCUCUGGUCCAUCAUGGACCGCAUGAGCAAGCCCGGCCGCCUGGUCAAGCCGGGCACCGACAAGAACGAGAAGAAGAUGCUCGACGCCAAGUACGAGGUCUUCCUCGAGCAGUGCCGCACCCAGCAGGAGUACCGCCAGAAGGUCGACGAGGCCAUCGCCUCCUGGGGCAAGGCCGCCACCAACUGA